AUGGGUCUACUACAGAAAAUCGUCAAGAAUGACGCGAUGAAGGAGGACCCUCCGGAGAUCUAUGGCUGGAAAGUUUAUUUCCUGGCCUUUUCGGCAUGCUUCGGUGGUAUGCUUUUCGGAGUAGACUCCGGCAUCAUUGGCGGUGUCCUCACCUUACCCGCCUUCAAGACCAAAUAUGGUCUUGAUGACCUCUCGUCUAUCCAGAGAGCUGAUCUACAGGCCAACAUUGUAUCGACCUUACAGUGUGGAUGCUUUGCCGGUGCUCUCAUCGCCUCAUAUGUCGCCGAUCGAUUGGGCAGACGCAAGGCACUUCUUAUCGCCGCUGUGAUUGUCACGAUUGGCUGCGUGUUCCAAGCAGCUGCCGACGGCCAUAUCGCUCUGAUGUACGUCGGUCGUCUGAUCGCCGGAUUUGGAGUUGGUAAAGCUUCAAUGGUCACCCCUCUCUAUAUUUCGGAGAACGCACCUCGAGCCAUCCGCGGUGGUCUCACUGGUAUCUACCAACUCUUCAUUGCAACUGGAACUAUGCUCGCCUUUUGGAUCAAUUAUGGCGCAAACAAGCACUUAACCGGAUCAACCACCUAUAUCGUACCCCUGACCAUGCAAGCUCUUCCGGCUAUCUUGCUCUUCGGCUCAAUGUUCUACUGCAAAGAGUCACCCAGAUGGCUAGCACGCAAGGAUCGCUGGGACGAAGCCUCGGCGGUUUUGUCAAACGUCAGAGCACUCCCCUCCUCGCACCCUUACGUGCAAAUGGAGCUCCGCGAGAUGCAAGAGCAGCUCGACCAUGAAAGAGCCUUGAUCGGCGGUGCUUCUUUCAUAGACCUGAUGAGAGAGAUGUGGACCAUUCCUGGAAACAGAAAGAGAGCCAUCAUCACCAUCUGGCUCAUGAUCACACAGCAGAUGACUGGCACUAAUGCUAUCAACUACUAUUCCCCGCAGAUCUUCCAGAACUUGGGUUUGUCCAGCACAGAUGCCGGUCUAUUCGCUACUGGUAUCUAUGGCGUUGUCAAAAUGACCAUGUGCGCUUGUUUCCUUCUCUUCGCUGCCGACUCGCUAGGUCGCCGUAGAUCUCUUCUGUGGACAUCCAUCGCAAUGGGAUGUGCCAUGCUUUACGUCGGUCUCUAUGUCCGUAUCAAGCCGCCAGUCAAAGGUGCCGAUAUUCCGGGAGCAGGUUACAUGGCACUUGUCUGUAUCUAUCUGUUCGCUGGCUUCUUCCAAUGGGGCUGGGGACCUGUGCCAUGGAUUUACAUUUCUGAGAUUCCUACCGCAAGAUUGCGUAGUGUCAACGUUGCUCUGGGAGCUGCUACUCAAUGGCUCUUCAACCUGGUCGUCGCUCGUGCAGUUCCGAACAUGCUCGCCACAAUGGGAAAAGCAGGCUAUGGCACAUUCCUCUUCUUCUCGGCAGCUUGUUUCCUCUCCUUCCUCUUCGCCUGGUUCUUUAUUCCUGAGACCAAGGGUCUUUCUCUUGAGAAAAUGGAUGACCUCUUCGGCGUCACUGAGUUGGCCAAGAAGAUGGAGGACGAGGAAGGUGCUCAUGAUAUCCCGGCUGCCAAGGACUUCGAGGGCGAGAAGACUCAACAUGUGGAGAUUUCUCAAGUCAACAGCAACGCUAAACACUAG